UCAUCUAUUUAUUCAUUUACAGUGUCACUCCACUUUGACAUCAUGAAAAUCUGGAAUACCACCUCAGAUUUCAUUCCUCUAGGACUCUUCAACUACACAAAAGCCCAUCUGUUUCUCUUUGAGAUGGUUCUGACAAUUGCAUUCACCUCCCUCAUGGCCAAUUCACUCAUGAUUUUCCUGAUUCAGCAGGAUGUUCGGCUCCACACACCCAUGUACUUCCUACUGAGCCAACUCUCCCUCAUGGACAUGAUGCUGGUCUUUACCAUUGUGCCCAAAAUGGCAGCUAACUACUAUGGCAAGAAGUCCAUAUCCCCUGCUGGCUGUGGGUUACAGAUCUUCUUCUUCCUCACUUUGGCAGGGGGUGAGUGCUUCCUCUUAGCAGUCAUGUCCUAUGACUGCUAUGUGGCUGUUUGCCACCCACUAAGAUACCCCAUUCUCAUGAACUGGGAAUUAUGUCUGAGAAUGACUAUGGGGUCUUGGUUCCUUCGGGCAGCUGAUGGACUCAUGCAGGCUGUUGCUACCCCGAGCUUCCAAUUUUGCGAUGCACAUGAGAUCAAUCAUUUCUUCUGUGAGGCCCCUACUCUGAUACAUUUGGCUUGGGCUGACACAUUUGCUUUUGAGUAUGUGAUGUACAGCUGCUGUGUAUUAAUGCUCCUGGUCCCAUUUUCUCUCAUCCUGAUUUCCUAUAGUUUCAUCUUAGCUGCGGUUCUCCAGAUGCAUUCUAGAGAAGCUCGCAAAAAGACAGUUGCUACCUGCUCUUCGCAUCUCUGUGUGGUGGGACUCUUUUAUGGAGCUGCCAUUUUUACCUAUAUGCAACCCAAAUCUUACAGGCCAGCUAAUAGUGAUAAAGUGGUGUCUGCCUUCUAUACAAUCUUCACUCCUUUGUUGAAUCCCCUUAUCUACAGUAUGAGGAACACUGAAGUCAAGGGAGUCCUGAGAAAGUGCAUGGGUCAGUGUGCUGCCUUAAGUCAUGACUAA